AUGCCUAACGCCCCUUCCCCGCCGUCACCGGUCUCUUCGGGGAAGAAGAGACCUCAUCCCUCCGAACCACCUACCCAACGCGACCCCGCCUCGAAUUCCUCGCGUGACGCUCAAAACCCCUCCGCCUCAACCACAAUCGUCCCGUCCACAUCGCCCGCGCGUUCCACAGCUACCGUCGCUUCGUCCUCAUCCUCGUCCUUUCGCAAUGUCUCCGCGUGUAAUCGAUGUCGUCUACGAAAGAACCGCUGUGAUCAACGCCUGCCGAGGUGUCAGUCCUGCGAAAAAGCCGGCGUCCGCUGCGUCGGAUACGACCCCAUCACCAAGCGCGAGAUCCCGCGCAGCUACGUAUAUUUUCUCGAGACCCGGGUCGCCUAUCUAGAAAAGCAGCUGCUAGAUCAUAAUAUCAACUUCAAGAAUGCCGUCGCCUUCGACGAAGACGAAGCCGUCAAGACUGAGAACGAAGGCGAUGCGCCGCAAUCCACUUCCGCCCAUAAUGGGCAACCGGGCGACAGCGCGGAUAAGGCACUCUGGAAGAAUACCGGGGCCAAAGAAGAUGGCGAUCGUCCCGAACAGAGAGUAGAGGGAGAUCAAGCAGAUAGAGAUCAAGAAACUGCAAAUCAAGAGAACUGGAGGAUACAUAAUUUGGUAUCGAAUAUCGGCAUGGUAUCCGUGCAAGGAACGUCCGAUCCACGAUAUCUUGGUUCAACCUCUGGAAUUUCCUUCGCUAGAGUCGUCUUUGCUGCGGUUCGAAGCUCGCUUCCAGGGAAUAUACCUGAGCGGGCUCCAAUUCGCACGAGCGAGCGACUACCUCAGACGGCCGCAGCUGGUCCAGGCGCCGGCACGAUGCGGGAUUCGUUCUUUGGUUUGCAAACACGUCCGAUGAUGAAGCGUGCGGCUUUCCCGGAUCGCGAGCUUGCAGAACGAUUGGUUGAUUUGUAUUUCGAGCACGCUAACCCGCAAAUGCCAAUCCUGCAUCGUGGUGACUUCAUGGAGCUCUUGGAUCGCACUUACCAGCUUGAAGAGAAGAAUCGGUCCCCGCGGGCUCUUUACAUCCUCAAUAUUGUGUUUGCCAUUGGUGCGGGAAUCAUCUUCGAAGACAAGCCGCAAAGUUCAGACGAAGAAAGCAGUGCGGGUCGGGAUCGAGCAUCUUCGACGACCAAAAGACCGAGACUUUCGAGUCAUCAAUAUCAACCGGAGGAGUACCAUGCGUCUGCCAUUGUACAUUUGGAGUCUUUCCUCGGUUCAUCGUCAAGCGAGGGCUUUGGAGGGCUAGAGGAACUGCAAGCCGUGCUUCUGCUGGCUAGCUUUGCACUAUUGCGCCCGGUUGCACCAGGUCUCUGGUAUAUCGUCGGUGUCGCGAUGCGCUUAGCAGUUGACCUUGGUCUCCACUAUGAGGAUGGUGUAGGUCUCGAGACCACAAAGGAUGGGAACCAAAUUCAACCGCGAAUUGACGCCCGCGAAAGGGGACGACGAGAAUGGAUACGCGAUUUACGACGCCGUCUAUGGUGGUGUGUAUACAGCUUCGACCGUCUUGUCGCCACAUGCGUCGGACGACCAUUCGGUAUCAGCGACCAGGCCAUUAGCACGGAACUGCCGUCCAUGAUAGACGACAAAUACAUCACCAAGUCUGGUCUAUUGACUCCCCCUGACGGUGCUCCAACAUACAAGCACGUCGCCUUCCACUACUUUAAACUCCGCCUCCUUCAAUCCGAGAUUCACGAUGUUCUACAAUACCAGCAAGCGCGCGCUGUUCGAAGGCGUGCGACAGAUAGCGCGAUCAUUCUUCCUCAUGCCGAACUGACCUCUCCUUUCCUUCAAGGGUUUGAUUCUUUCCGCUCAUGGCGCCAUGACGUGCACCGUCGUCUUGUGGAGUGGCAUGAGAGUGCUCCGACGCGUCCUGAUACGGGUGUGCGAUUCUCUAUCGAGCUUCUGGAGCUGAAUUACUGGCAAGCUAUCAUCUUGUUAUAUCAGCAGAGCUUGACUGUGCCUGCUGAGUUAGCUGGGGAACUUACCCCAGCUGAUGAUGUGUCCAGUCCAUCUUUCUCGAAUCCAGAUGACGGGGAAGAAGAGGAUCACGUUUAUCUGAAUGUGGCCGAGGCAGGUCAGAAGGUCAUCCGCAUUUAUCGACAACUGCACCGAGUGAGGCUUGUGAAUUACACCUAUCUGGCUACUCAUCACAUUUUCAUGGCUGGAAUCUCGUUCUUAUAUGCUAUCUGGUACUCGCCGCUGGUUCGCAGCCGUCUGUCUCUCGACGAGGUAGACUUCACUGUUCUCGCGGCGACAUCUGUCCUUGGUGAUCUGAUGCACAAAUGUCCCCCUGCCGAAGCUUGUCGCGAUGCAUUCGAGCGGAUGAGCAAAGCCACCGUUCAGAUGUGCUUAUCUACCACCGGCUUCGGUUCACAGGUUGAUAUGAGCCGCAUUAACACAGGCUCACAUGCACCUGGGUCUCUUCACCAGGGUCGGCGUCAAGCAUUCGAUCCCAGAAGACUACACCAAGGCCAGGCACGCCGACCACCCCAAAAUCGCUCAGCACGACCCGUGCCAAAGUUCGACAUGAACCUAGCCGAUCUUUUCAAUGACAACACACCACUCACCGAUCGUUCCCGCGCAGACAAUCUAGCGGGUCACCCCUAUCCCGUCCGACCCGAGCAUGGAGAAUCAAUGGCGCCCGGGUUAGCCGCCGAGGGUUCCUCCCGACCGUUUGUGCAGCGCACCCCAUCUAUGGAGUACUAUCUCAAGUACGAGGCCCCCGGAUCUCCACAGCCCGCUCAGCAAUUCUACUACUCCACAUCUCCACAACAAACUGGCUCCCCUGGCAGUGUGGCGCCAAAUGCUGCAAAUGGACCUCAUGCCGUCCCGUCGACAGAUCAGGAAGCUCAAACUGGGAUCAGUCUUGAUUUCUUGGACUUUAGAUCUGGUGAUCCAGAUAGCCAAGCUCUUGAGACCGAUCCCAAUGGCGAUUAUACUAUGGCUAACGUGCCUCCACUUGGGCCUAAUCUGGGCCAGAACGUGGGCAUUGAUCUCGGGUUUGGCAUGGCGAUGGAUUAUCAGCAUGAUUGGAGCGAGAAUCCGAACUAUGAUCUUUUGGAAGGGUAUUUCUUUGGUGGCUCUGGGCCCGGCGCUUCUGGUGGCGAUAUUUGA